CCAAGAAUAGCAACAGCCUGUGUCACUGGAAAGGGCAAAGCCUUCUGAAAUAGCAACAAAGUUGUGCACAAACCACUUUGCGGUCCGCAUUUGGUUUCAGCCGGCUCCAGCAACUUGUUGCGAUGACGAAAAUCAGCUGGGCUUUCCUGGCCCGUCUGAGGAGGACAGCCACCCUCUGAGAGGCUUCCAACUGAGGCGACGAUGGUACCCGUACAGAGUGCAGAGGAGCUGGGCCAGCAGUGCCAGGCGAUGAGAGCAGGGGAGGAUGAGGAAGAUGACAGAGGCAGCAGGCACCUCCACGAGCUGCCAGCUGCAGCAGGCUGUGGAACAUUUACUUUACUAUCUUCUGCCACUGCUGCUGUAAGUGGACUUCUAAUGGGCUAUGAGUUGGGCCUUAUCUCUGGAGCUCUUCUUCAGAUGAGUAGCAUAUUAGCACUCUCUUGCAAAGAGCAGGAAAUUGUUGUGAGUUCCCUUCUUUUUGGGGCCUUAUUUGCAUCACUUACCGGUGGAUUCCUGAUUGAUCGCUUUGGAAGGAGAUUUGCUAUUAUUAUUGCGUCAUCUCUACUUGUAAUGGGAAGUCUGAUUUUACUGCCUCAUGAAUCAUUUGGAAUACUUAUUGUUGGACGAAUUGCCAUAGGUAUUUCCAUAUCAUUAUCAUCCAUUGCGACAUGUGUGUAUAUUGCUGAGAUUGCCCCACAGCACAGAAGAGGCCUUCUCGUUUCGUUAAAUGAACUCAUGAUCGUGAUAGGAAUUCUUUUUGCCUAUAUUUCAAAUUACGCAUUUGCCAGUGUAUCUCAUGGCUGGAAGUAUAUGUUCGGCCUUGUAAUUCCAUUAGGUGUCUUGCAGGCUAUUGCCAUGUAUUUCCUUCCACCAAGUCCACGUUUUCUUGUUAUGAAAAAUAAUGAUGAAGCUGCAAGAAAAAUACUGGAGAGACUACGGGAAACUUCAGAUGCUACUAAAGAACUCACUGUUAUCAAGUCUUCCCUGAAAGAUGAACAUCAGUAUAGUUUCAUGGACCUGUUUCGUUCAAAGAACAACAUGAGAGCCCGAAUGCUGGUAGGGCUCACACUAGUCUUUUUUGUGCAAACAACUGGGCAACCUAACAUUUUAUUUUAUGCAUCAACUGUUUUGAAGUCAGUUGGGUUUCAGAGCAAUGAAGCUGCCAGCUUGGCUUCUACUGGAGUUGGUGUGGUUAAAGUGGUCAGCACAGUUCCAGCCACAGUUUUUGUAGAUAAGGUUGGAAGUAAAACUUUUCUGUGUAUUGGCUCUUCUGUUAUGGCAGUAUCAUUGGUCACUAUGGGCUUAGUGAACCGUAAUAUACACAUGAAUUUCACCAAUAUCUGUAGAAGCCAGUCUCCAGAGGAUACCUAUCAGAGACCAGGAAACCUCACUGGUGUCACCAAUGGGAGCCUCAAGGACCUCUUUUCUAAUAUGGCUUUGCCAGAAAGACUCUUAUUCGACAUACAGAGAAACCUUGAUGUCACCAGGAUAGGAGAACUGAACAGGACCACCCCAGCAGGAGGCAAAAGCAGGAUGGGGUCACACACAGAGAGUGGGGAGGUUCCCGUUGUCUUGAAAUGGGUCUCACUGGCCAGCCUGCUUGUUUAUGUUGCUGCAUUUUCCAUAGGUCUUGGACCAAUGUCUUGGUUGGUUCUGAGUGAAAUUUUCCCUGGUGGGAUCAGGGGACGGGCCAUGGCUUUGACAUCUAGCAUGAACUGGGGAAUAAACCUUCUCAUCUCUUUGACGUUUUUGACUGUCACAGAGCUUAUUGGUUUGUCCCGGGUGUGUUUCAUUUACACGGUAAUGAGCCUGGCAUCCCUUGCUUUUGUUAUUGUGUUUAUACCAGAGACAAAAGGAUGCUCGUUGGAGCAAAUAUCCAUGGAACUGGCUAAAGAUAAAUACACAAAGACCCCCUUGUGCUGGAUGAGCCAGCGCAGGGAGAAGCUGGUGCCAGUGGAACUGCCCAACAGGGAGAAUGAACAGAUCUACUAGAGCUGGGUAACCAAGGCAGCCUUUGCCAAAAGACUGACUCAGAGAAAAAAUAAUGCUGACACUACGAUGGGACGCAUGGUAUCUUUGUUAUACACAAGAUAAUCUCUCUCUUAUUUCUUAGUAGAGCUCUUUCAAUGGUAGUUUAUGGCCAGCAUUAAAGAUUGUUGUAGUUUGUAACUCACUGGAACACCAGGCUCCAUCUGUUUCAAACCAGAAUCCCUCACCUCCCCUAGGUUACUCUGACACUCAAGAGGUGCACGGAAGCCAGAAUGCUGUGCAGAGUCCUUGUUAUCUAUACUCAGCAUGUGUAUACUCUUCCAUUCCAAGGAGAUGGAAGAGUUUGUCUCACAGGGGAAGACUGCUAGAGACUUCUGUCUCUCCAACUCUUGGUUAUUGCUCACCAUAUGUAUCCUAAAUUACUGAACCCUUGUGAAGGGUUAGCUAUAUGGCUCCCAUAAAAUAAGUAUUUUUUCCUAAAAGGUUAAUGAACUGUGGUAGAAUGGUGAGUAGAUUAAUACUCAUUAGCAGAUAAGUAACCAGGCCCAAGAACCUGCAAACACUUUAAAAGCAUACUGACUGUCUCAGCAGUCACAUAGUGGCAUUUCUCUCAGCCUUUAAUAGAGGAAGUAAGACUGACAUGGUCAGAUGGAGUACUGAUAGUAAUUUGGACUACCCAGAUGAUCCCAUUUUAUUUACUGUCUCAAAGCACUGAAACCACCUGACCAUGUUCUGCACUAAAGGAACUUACUGACCAAGGUAAAGUUCUACUUCUGGCCAGAUUGAAUCAGUUCUGAUCAGAUUCUGAGACUGUCACACAUUUACACACUGCCUUUGUAAUUCCAGAGGAGAACACCUAUUCAUAUAGUUAGCGUGUGUUCAAAACCUGAAAAGAAACUAUUGAUGCCAAGGUCAUGAUUUACUAAAGUCACUGGAUAUUUAGCUACUUUGGGACUUCAGCUAUCUUCUGGCCAAAACUGUGCCACAACUUUCUUACACUGUAAACUUUUAGGGAACUAGUGUCAAAAUCUUGCUGGACUUUUUGUACAAAGGGCAGGCAAGCUGUCAUCACAACACAGGAUUUUUAGCUGUGCAGAUCCAGUGUCAUCUAAAACAACCUAAACUCUUGCAGAAGCUCUUCCACCAAACAUCAAGGUGAUUGGUGAGCUGGCUGGCUUAUGGCUGCCUUACUUUUUCUGUUCUGAUUCAAGAGCCAUCAGCACUCACAGAAACCUCAUGAGUUUCACGAGACCCAUCUGCUUUCAGGAAUGCAUAUAAUAGUGCACAUAAGGCUCAGCAAGAUACAGAUUAGGGCACGCACAUAAAAAAUUAAGUAAAAUCUUCUGACGAAGGUACAUGUAAGUAUUAUUGACAUAGUCCAUAAGAAGCAAGAAGAGACCAAGCACACACAGGCUACACAAACAGUGGGGCUGUGUGCCUAAGCUUCAGGUGACUUAGGGUGAAAUCUCCUCCAGGAGUCAGCUCAAUGGCCUCAGGUUCCCAUUGCUGAAAGGACAAGCCACGCUGGGGGUAAUGUGCAGUAAUCCCACCCCAACUUUCAAUCCCGCUCUGGACCAGAUGUACUUCCAGCUUUCCCAUAGAUGUGGAAAACUUUCAUUUCCAUUAUUUUAAAUUUUCCAAUAAAAAACAAAGACCUGCCCAGAAUUUUGUCUGAGCACUACAUUCCCAAUAAAUAACAAGCUGUUAGAAGAGGCCUCUUUGCCACUGCAUGGAAGAGACCCUGCAGCUGAAAGUCCCCUUGCAUUUUCCUGGCUGCACCAGUAACAGUUUACUCAACACUGCAGCAGUGACAAAGGUAAGUGCAUUCCUGUAACUACUUCAGAUAGUCAUGAAAAGGAUGCAAAAUGUGUGAAAGCUCAGUCACAGAAUAGCAGUGCAAGGACAGCUGAGUUGGAGCCAUGGUGAAGAAUAGUUUUUACAAAUAUUAGUGCCUUAUUACUGGAGAAAAACGACAACAAAACAUUCUAUUAUCUAAGUGGAAAGAUAUUAAAAUAUUGGUUAAACUGUUGGUGUCCUGUAGUGUCUAAUGAGUGUGUGUGAAGCCCACUGAGCACUAGGUCAAAAGCAAAAGAUCUGGAGGACGUUCUCAAGCACCUGUAAAGAGCUACCGCAGGCCUUAUACUGUUCACUUGGCAACUGACUGGAUCCAUCUUUUGAAUCCUGUGUUGGAACCUUCCAUGUUGUUCAGCAAUGAUGUCUACUGAAACCUCUCCACCUGCUGGUGGCUGCGUUUCAUUUGUGUACAUUGUACUGAACCGGCCUCACAAGACAUUUUCAGCUGAUUGUGGGUAGUCUUUCAAAUAUGCUGCUGGUUUAUCACAUUCAUUCCCAUACUAACAAAUGUCUGAGAUUAAAUCAAGGAAUAAAAUGCAAUUUUAGUGGCAGGAAAUUACUGUGUCUGUUGCUUGACUGUGAUUGCCAGCACUUCCAAUAGCAAUACUUGCUCUAAUUGGUACUGCUGUAGUAUAGCUGAACAUACUUUUGCGUGUGCAAUCCAAGCCCAUACUGGCUUGUAAAUUCUAUUACAUCACACCAAAUGCAACAGGCUUCUGUAAAACCCUGCUGAGCAUCACAGCUUCCAAAAUAAAUUCCUUCUGUAAUAAAUUCUGUAAGUGUUCUCACAAAAAUAUACUUAACUUGGAAAAUACCAUGGGAAUUGUCUCCCCAGAGACAGAGAUUUUGGCUCCAUGGUGAGCUUUUCUGAGCUUUCCCCACACACAAACAUUUAGUAAGGGAAUAAUAAACAAGUAAAAUAUCUAUAGUGUUUUUGAAGAAGGCAUAGUUCCAACACUGUUUAACUGCAGAUACUUUAACAGUUUUAGAUACCUCUAAAGAUAGCAUUUUAAGGUCAAGGGCUUUUUUACUCCUUAUGGUUUUAGUCUUAAUUGUAGUUGUAUAGAUGUAGACUUAUAUAGCCUUGUAAACGUAGCCCUAAUUAUGCCUCUCUUUCAUAACAAAGGCUGCACAUCUGAUGACACAGAAUUAGGAGUUAUAACUUCCUACUAUAAAAAUACAGGUGUAGCAGAAAUGCUAAGUCAUGGCCUGAAACAGUGCUUGAGCAUCUGGUAGGAAGGCAGGGCCAGCCCAGGGGGGGCUCAGGUGAAUGCAAUGCACCUAAGUGACUGGAAGGGGUGGAUCUUGGCUCUACCCCCUUCCCAGACCUCAUUUAAGGGUUGUCAGUGGAGGUGAGAGUAUCACUUGCUGGAGGUCUCUGCCUAUCUGAGGUCUUCUGAAGGUAAGGAACUUUUUUCUUCUUUUCUCUGUCUGUUGCAUUUGGGCUUGUUUUCAUUUGCUGUAGUUAAAAGACUUUCCCACCCUGCUUAUUGUGGUACUUUCCAUCCAUUAUAGCAUUACAACAAGGCAGAAAGAGGCGUCUUAUGUAACACAUCCCUCUGAAGGACUACCCGAAAAGUUUCUGGAGGUCUAAAAUUAUUCACUGAUUUCAUUAUCAGAGUGGAUUACAGAACAGACAUACUUAGUAAAUGCGCAGGCAGUAUUAAAGCAAGAGGGACUGUGUUAAAACUCAGAGCUUAGCAAAAUUCUGAGUAGGGUAUAGAAAAGAAAAACCCAACAGUAUAUUUGCACAGGGGUAAAUGCAAAUUUCUCUGGUUAAUCUGUCUUAACUACAAGUCAGUGAAUGACAAAAUGGGGAUUGGAACAUGCAGUUAAAGAUCUAGUGGCUAUAGCAACUCAAAAGCCAGCAAUGAGUCAGUUCUCAUUCUGCUGCGAAAAUGAGUCCUUAGUAGGCUGUAUAAAUAGAACUGGCUGUUCUCUCAAAAGAAUGUGAAACAGACUUCUUACGGCACUGCUAGUGCUACAGCUGAGCACUGUGAGGAAACUUGUGAUCCAACAGGAGAAUCUAGGGAAAAGCAGGCAGAACUAUGGAAACCAAGGCCUUUGAGGAGGAGCUGAUUGAUUGACAGGUUUAUUCUAAACACAAAUAGAGGCAUACUGUGUGUGUGUACGGAAAUAAGCAGCAUCAGCAGCUCAAGGCUGGGACCUGUAGUUUCCCAGCAGUGACUGGGAACACAGCGAUAUCCCUGGGGAUGAGUGUAUACCAUCAACUUUAUCUGCCGUUUUAAGACUUAUUUGUCACAGACUGAGUCUCCUUUGGAGCUAGGAAUAUAUAUUUCAGUAUAAAUAUAUGUAAAUAAAAUAUUUUUGCAUUCUAU